ACGAGCGGACCUCCCGACAGCGGCCCCGGCUCCUCAGCGCCCCGGCGGGACCUGCUCGCUGCCGCCAUCAUGUCUGCUGCAAAUUCUGAGAGUACAAGCUCGACCAUCUCCAGAGAGGCCAGCACUCAGUCUUCAUCAGCUACAACCAGCCAAGGCUAUGUUUUACCAGAAGGGAAAAUCAUGCCAAACACCGUUUUUGUUGGUGGAAUUGAUGUUAGGAUGGAUGAAACUGAAAUUAGAAGCUUUUUUGCUAGAUAUGGUUCAGUGAAAGAAGUGAAGAUAAUCACGGAUAGAACUGGUGUGUCCAAAGGCUAUGGAUUUGUUUCAUUUUAUAAUGACGUGGAUGUGCAGAAGAUAGUAGAAUCACAGAUAAAUUUCCAUGGUAAAAAACUGAAAUUGGGCCCUGCAAUCAGGAAACAUAAUAUAUGCGCUUAUCAUGUGCAGCCUCGUCCUUUGGUUUUUAAUCCUCCUCCUCCACCACAGUUUCAAAGUGUCUGGAGUAAUCCAAACACUGAAACUUACAUGCAGCCUCCAACCAUGAUGAAUCCUAUAACUCAGUAUGUUCAGGUAGAAGAAAAUAUCUACUUGUUUCCAACAUCGACUGCAUAUCCUCCUUAUCCAAGCUCACCAGUUCAAGUCAUCACUGGAUAUCAACUGCCUGUUUAUAAUUAUCAGAUGCCACCACAGUGGCCUGCUGGGGAACAAAGGAGUUAUGUUAUACCUCCGGCUUAUACUGCUGUUAACUACCACUGUACUGAAGUUGACCCAGGAACUGAAAUUUUGUCAAAUGAAUGCUCAGUUCAUGAAGCUACUCCAUGCUCUGGAAAUGGCCCACAAAAGAAAUCUGUGGACCGAAGCAUUCAGACAGUGGUAUCUUGCCUAUUUAAUCCAGAGAACAGACCAAGAAACACCCUUGUUACUCAAGAUGACUACUUUAAGAGGAGCAGGGCUCUGGGGAAGUGGGGUUCCAGGACACAUCGGUAAGGUCAUCCAUCCAGUGAAGUCAGGACAAAAGAGUGCAUCACUUUAGAAGGAGUCGGGCAAUGCUUAAAUCCGUUUGAUCCUCUGCUAUUAGUCUCAGGAGAAAUUGUCUAGUUUUGAAUAUUAAGAGAACCUGAAAGUUUUUCAUUGUUACAGAAAUUUUAUUCUAAAUUUUGAUAAAUCACACUCAGACUUUCUAUACAAGUUAUAUUAGAUUGACUAGUUUUACUUUACAUUGAAACUGUUCUUUACUAGGUGUUUAUUUAGGUAUUGGUUCUAAGUUGAAUAUGUAGUUAAAUGUAAAAGAUAAUUAAGACUUAACAGAGUAGCUUUUUAGAAUUUAUAAGCAUUUCUUUUUAAUUGAAAUUGACAUUUUAAAAAAGUUUAAAAAAAUGCUGAUUUUCAAAAACUUAUUUUAGAAAACUCAGAAACAUACCAUUUUGAAAGGUCAGAAUUUUGAUAGUUUGAAUACAAGCUUUUCACUUCUCCAAUAAGUACCUGUAAAAAAAAAACAUAGUAUUUGUGAUAUGCAUUACAUUUAUGAUUUGUCUAGAAAUUUACCACAAAAGCGAUAUGCAUUACAUUUAUGAUUUGUCUAGAAAUUUACCACAAAAGCAGAGUUUUUAGAACUGGAUUUUUAAUCAGUGGAACUCAAUAUAUACUUAGCUUUAUUGAAGUCGUCCUUAUCUAAACCCAGUAAAACAGAUUCUAAACAGUCCAAUCAGUGGGUCUUAUGUUUAUUAAUUCAAAGUAUUUUAUUCCUUAUCUAGAAUCCACACGUAUAUAACCUAUUUGAUUGGGAUGAUAAUUAGGAUAACUGAAAUUCUGGACCUAAUUUUUUAAAGAAUUCAAGACAAACUAAACUUUACAAGUAACACGCUUCUCAGUUAAUAUGCUCCUUUUGUCCUUUCUUUCAAAAUGUCUUCUUUAAGAUGCUUAACUUGAAGACUAUCUUAAAUUGUGCAAAAUGUUGCUAUUAAAGAAUGCUGAAACUUUUUUAUGUCAUUUAAAGGUUAAUCAGAGUAUCUGAAAGGAAUUGUUUUUAUAAAAGCACUAUAAUUAUUUGUUAUAGAGCAAAUAGAUUUUUAUUUUUGUUAGUCUGUUACAAUUUUUAAAAUAAGAUGUCCAGGAGAAGUUGUUGCGGAAUUUCUAAGGCACAAAACUUGCUUAAUUAGCAUAUCUGAGAAUAUACUUAAGAGGCAGAGCUAAUAAUCCAUUACUUCUAGAUUAGCUAGUUUUUUUUCAAUAGAUAUCACACAAUGUGACAAACUACAGCACCAGAGUCCCUUUGUUGUAUUCACAGUACUUUACUUGUCUGUACUAUACCUCUGAAUUACACUCCUAAAACUAGUAAUGUAAAGAAUAUACUACACCUCUCGUGGGCAUGGCUUUAAAAUGGUUUUCUGAUCUUUCUGUCAAUGGCCGCCUUUGUUAAAAAAAUAGACUCCUAACCUAAUGCUACUCUGGGCUGUAUCAUCAGUGCCUAGUGUAUUUUGAUUUCAAGGAAUUUUCAUUCUCAGUCUAAACAGAGAGGAGUCUUAACUUUAGGGUCCCCAUGAAUGAUUUCUUACACCUCAUAACUUGAAGGUGUCCUGAAAUUUGUUCUUUAUAAAAUUAUCUGUACAUGUAUGCGUGGGCGUGUGUGAUUGUGCACUGUAACAUUCUUCAUGUGUCAUUCUGUGAUUAAAUCUCCAGGUUACUAUAAGUGAUAACUAAAUUAUUAAAAACCAAUUCUGAUAAUCUCAAUAUGGCUGUAGGAAAAGGAAGCAAAUAAACUUUUUAUUAUUUUGUUGGACUAAAGUAUUUUAAAAAGUAAGGUUGAAAGAGGAGACAAAGUCCUGAGCCUUUCAAAGUGGAAAAUUAAUUCAAAUUUUUAAAGUAUGUUUCUGUUAUCUUUUGUGAAUACUUUUCUUUUCAUAAGUAAAUAGAAAUAAAGGUACUUCCCCAAAAUGCA